GCAAGACAUGCAGUGCAUUUUCCUGCCGUUUAGGAAAGCAUUUAUUCCAUUUGUGUAUUUAUUCCAAUAUGUUUUUCUGAGGUUUUGUUAGUAAAAAAAUGUAUAUUAUUUAAUCACUAAAAUGUUGCAUUUUAAUGAAAUAUUUUUUUGUCUUAUGGAUUUUAUACUGUAACCACGUGUCAAACUGUUAACUUGUAUUAAACAUAUGCAGUUGAUACUUUAUGUUCUGUUGUGUACAUUGCCAAAUAAACAACAGUUUAAAAGUGACUUAUAUUCUUCAUGCCAGUCUCUCAUUAUUAUUCCACAACUUUUAAAACUGAAGGUGAACUAAAUAUGGAAAGUUAUUAUAUACAGGUUAGCUUGCAGUCGUGGACUUUACAAAAUGGUCACCCCUUAUGCAUAUUCUCAAAAUUAUUCUAGCAAUAGAAAUUCAAUCAGGAGAGACUAGUCAAAUAAAGAAAAGAUCAUUGUUUAUUGUCAACAGAUGAUAUGUGUUGAUAAAGUCUAAGAGUCUUUGGCGCUUGAACUCUACAGGGAGAUUUGUUAUUAAGGGGCCGACUGCCCCAAUCAGCAACGAGAUAGACCCCCCUGUGGAGUCCAAGCCUGGUGGUGGUGCUGAUGAGGAGGGGAAAACAGUUUGCCUUCAUCAAAACAGAAUAAUAUAAUAUAUAAUAAUACGAAAUUUCGAAAUUCUUUCGACUAAUCCAGGGGUUCUCAGACUUUUGUACCUAAAGGCCUACUUGUGGUUGUUUAAGAAAAUCCAAAGAAAACCUUUCAAAAUUAAUGAGGAAAAAAACAUAAAAUGACCAAGAAGAGAGUAAAAAUGACAUUUCAUAUAGCUGACGCUUUUAUCCAAAGCGACUUACAAUCAUGUGACAUUCAUACACCGUAGACACAGCUACAGGGAGCAAUUCAGAGUUAAGUGUCUUGCUCAAGGACACAUUGACUACGGCGGGGAUGGAACCGCCAACCCCCUGAUUGAAAGACCACAAAAAUAAACUUGGCUUAAAAUAGGUGUUAUGCCUCUCUGUCAUCUGUAAUGACAAAAACAUAUAAUCUGCUCACUCUCACCCAUCACUUCUUGCCAUUGUCAAUCCAAAUUGAAUGUUCUGGUUGAUAUUUUCUCACCACAGAUGUUGGAGCUUUAACGAAAUUAUUUUGUACUAGCUUUGUUAAUAAUGACCCAAAAUGUAAAUUAAUCUCACUUCAUGCCAGUACCUCUAAGGUCCACUAGAUGUCUCUCUUAAACCCAGUGGUUCAGAGUAGUUGCACUAAUCUAUAAAAUCUGGGUUUUGUUGAGUUUCAACAGUUGAUCCAGAAAUAAUAACUUAAAUGAUGGCAUAAAGGCCAAAUUAAUUGAAAUGGUUUACAUAAAAUACCUUAAACUGAAUUUGUUUUAUCAUCACAGUUCGAUUCACCUGCCCGGGUCAUGUGUUCGGCCUGUUUGACUCCUGUCUAUCCAAUGGAAAAAAUGGAGGCCAAUAAACGUAUCCUGCACCGCAACUGUUUCUGCUGUAUACAUUGUCAGAAGAAGCUCAGCAUCCACAACUAUUCAUCUCUUUAUGGACAGUUCUACUGCAUUUAUCACUACCAGCAGCUUUUUAAAAGAUCAGGAAAUUAUGAUGAAGGAUUUGGGCACAUGCAACAUAAAGACCGCUGGCUUCAGAAAGAUAAAGUCAAAGAUGAGCCAGCCGCUGCGUCCACUCCCAGUCCCAACGUGGCAAAAAGCAAUUCAAACACGUCUGGUGGAUCCAGAGAGUCCUCUGCUGGUGUGUAUGUGAAACAUGUGCCUGCAAAAGAAAUGGUUCCCAACUCUGGUGCUGAUGUUAAGGGCAAACAAAAAAUUAGCUGGCCACCAGAGAAGAAGCGUCGUGGUUUUAAUCCAGCACAGCGAUCAUACGUGAAGAAUACGAUAUCUGAGAUGGGGAGAGCAUUGACUGCAGAGCAUCACAACAACCAAACAACGAUCAGCCACGGUGGAGAAAUGAGAGAUAAAUGGAAGACAUUUUCAAGCUCCUUUACUUUAGGUGUCAACAAGCAAUCUAAGACAACAGGCUUUACCUUCGGUGAGAAGUUGCCAUCGGAGCAAACGAAAUCCAGUGAUCCAACCGAAGACAGCGUCUCCUCGACAGGACUUCCCUCCGUGGAAAGUGGCAAUCCUGUUACGAAACGGAAAUCUGGAGAGAAAAACGUGGCACCCACUUCAAAAACCAACAAUCAAGCAUUUAACAGGCCGGACAUCUAUCCGAAUAAAGCCAGGAAGUAUGUGCGAUUUGCUCCAAAUGUUGAUGUUGUUCAGUAUGACCUGUCAAACGGUGAGGAGCACAGGGCGCAGCUUUCAGACCAAACCGAACAGAGCAGCGUGAAUCAAUCCAGGGAUACAGAAGAGGGCAGUGAAUUUCAAUUGUCAUUAGAGUUCGGUAGAGAACAGCACGAAAGUGGGGCGCACCUUGAAAUCCCUGGAAAUAAAGGCCAUGGAAAAACAAGCAGUACUUUGAAAGAAAGAGAGCCUGUUGUUGAAGUGGAGGGCAUUCAAGAGGACCCACAGACUGAUAUAACGGUUCUGAAUGGACCUGUCGGCAAGGUUGAGGAAUCACUUGAUACUCAGAGUUUCACUGACACUUUUAAUUCAACUCAAGAGGAUGUGAAACACCAAGAGUCAUGUGAGGUAUCGCAAGUCAUUGCAAGAAACUUUGCCAACCCGUGUGAAUCAGAAAGUCCAAGCCUUCCGCACAGUUCGGCAGAACGUGUGCAUGGAGAGGAGGCCGGUCUUGGGAGGAGUGCAAAUCUGUUAGAAAAGACGUUGUCAGCCAAUGACAAUGAAAAUGGCAGAAGUCAGAAGAAGCCUGUCGUGAGAACAAACUCUCUGAAGGGCUCUGCAAAACCGGCUGAGAAGACAAAAGUCAAACUGGGAUCCUGGUCCACGGGAAAGAGUCCUAUGUCCAAGCUCUUCACAUCAGGUGGAAACAACAAGAAAAACAAGGUUGAACCGAAAGAUGUCAAACCUGGCGGUGGCCUCUUAGGAAGACUGUUUCAGUCAUCCUCGGAGAAGGCUGAGGACGUCACAAAAUUGUCUGCACGAGAUGAAAGAAAUGACAAAACACAGGAUGAUGACAAAAAGAGAGAGGAGGUAAAAGAGGGCGUUACAAAAGACAUGCAAAAGCAGGGCUACGAGUCUCAAGUACCAGCUCAGGGACAAGAGGCUGGAGGGCAGAUUAAGGGAGCAUCUUAUUGUAUGGAGCCCACAAUGGAGAGCAAUACAGAGCCAUCCAACCUGCACACAACUUCAACUGCUGAACCAGGAGAUGACCAAACUGCUGCCGAUCAAAUUGACGAGCAUGAAUCAGAUUUACAAAGCAAUGAGUCUACACCUGUAACUGAUCCUGGAAAAGCUGAGUCUCAAGAUCUCCCCAGUACCGUGGAGUCAGAGAGUCAAGCAUCGGAGGAGUCAAUCAAUCAGCUAAUAGCUGAGACCAGUGGUGAUGACAUUUUGACCGUUACAUUUAAUGCUGAGUUUUUGGGGCACAGUGUCAGUUCAGCCCCCGAUGACCCGUUGGCCAUUCAGAUCAAUACUAAUGCUUCAGCUCAGAAGCCAAAUGAAGUGCUCGAUGCAUCAGACGAAGGAGGACAAGACCUGUUGGACGGAGCGCUUCUCGAUCCCAACCCUGAACUUCCUCAAGAUUCCUCUAGUCCAAUCUGCCCCAGUGAUACCUGUGUAUCUUCUCUCAUGGAAGCUCCUUCCACUGAUACUCCCAGCCAGCUUGACGCUCACAAGAUAUCGUCUGAGAAUGACGCAACGUUUGUCCUGACGGAUCAGCUUAUCGUCCCAACCCUGAACCAAGAUGAGGCUCCGACCUCAAGUCCUUCUGGUACAAUGAGCCAGACAAGGGAGCAGGGUGCGGACUUUGACAUUUUUGGCUCAGACGACCCUCUGUUCGCUCAGCCACCGGCUGUGGAAGUAGUUUCUGCUUCUUUAAACCGACCGUCCGACUUUCCGGACGACAUCUUCGGAGUCAGUGAUGUCUUUGCGGUGCUGCCGUCCAGCCCGGCCACCACCAACUCCCUGAGUGAUUUGCUUGGCUUAGAAACAUCUUCUCCAGCUGCUCCUUCAGCUCAGACAGGUCUUUUUGCCAAUGACAUCUUUGCAUCAGAAACGCAGUUGCUGCCCGUGUCCGAGCCAAGUGAUGUUCACUUAUUGGUGGACAGUCUUCUCGUGUCUGAUAACAGCAGCACUGAGCAAACACCGGAAAGCACCAUCACAAAUAGAAGCUGGAUGGAUGAUUUGCUCGGGUAAAAGUUUACAUGAUGCUAUAUACAUCGUUGGAAAGUACCCACAAAAUAUCUAUAAAUAAAGUUAUAUGUUUUCAGAAAAACUUUUUUUUCAGACUUGAGACGAUAACCACUUCACAUUAAAUUAGUUUUUAAAAGCAUGGGUAAUAUUGAUUUAAUUUACUUUUGUCUAAUAAAAAAGAAAUCUUAUUUAACACAAUAUUUAACAUAUAUGUUAUAUUAAUUUAGUGUGGUAUUUACAGUGUAUGUCUUUACAUUACAGAUGAAAUUAAAUUAAUCCAAUUCAUAACAUAGAUGUGAUCUUAUUCCAAGGUUAAUAUGAAGAGAUGUAAAGGAUGUAACAUUUUUCAAAUGUGUUAAAGUGAGUCCACAUGUUAAAUAGUUAAUAAAGUGACACAAGGUGUAAUUUGACUGUGAAAUGUCUGUAUACAUACCAGAAAAUAAAACUUUAGAUUCUGAAAUGCUUUGUUCUAAUGUUGAUCAUUAUGGUAUACCAUUGCACCUUUAAAGCACUGAGUGAGUUUUGAUUGAUGGCCUCUUUAGGUUAAACUACAUUUAAAUGUCAGACAGCAUCUCUUAUACUAAACUCCAGGUCAACCCUUUUUCUUCCGAGAGCAAAAGUUUGACAUUUUUGGAAUUACGCUUACUUACUUGCUUAGUUCGGAUAAAACUAGCCCUGAUGCGUUUGCCUAUUGGUAAUCUGUUUGUUGUUCAAAGCAAAAGGACCAAUGACAGUUUUCUUUCAAUAGCGUAUGUUAAUUUUUACAAGAUUUAUGAAGCAUCGACUCAUAGCGGGUGGCCCCCCACCCAGAGACAGGUUCUGCCCAAAGUCCUGUUCGGUUUGUUCCUUACAGCAAUGAUGUUCCCGGGUUAAUGUGACCCUGGUGCAUGUUGAAUCAUCUAAGAGUUGUCAGAAACCAAACCAAUCUUAAUAAAUAUCGUUUGAACCUCAUCAACAACACCAUUACUCACAAUUCAAUCAGUUUUUAGGGGAAUGGAGUUAUUCACCCCUCCAGAGAUCAGAUUUCAAUUAAGAGAACUCACUCGUUUUCAUUAAAAAUACAUGUUUAAACAAUUUUGUAAGUACAUUGGAAAAUCCUAUAUAUAUAUAUAUACAGUAUAUUGCAUUAGUCUACCAUAACAUGGAUUUUUUCCUAAAUUGUAUUAGUAUUUCAAAAAUAAUUUUCAGAGAGAUAAAUAGAGAUGAGAGACCUCUGCUGUUCAUGGUUAUAUUGACCUGCUCACUCAAAAUAAAGCCAAAUGAGUUAUAAGGAUUUGUAUUGAAACUUUUGAAAGUCAACUUAAUUUAUAUUUAUUUACAGUGUUGAGAUACAUGUUAUAAAAGAUGACCAACAUGUUCUCGAACAGUUCGUCAGGGAGCUCAGAUCUCUUUUUUUUAUAACAACCACCUGAUUCUUUUGUCUGGAGUUUGAAAUGUGUACAAUUUUAUAUUUGGGACAUGUUUGUGAAAUGUGGUGAAAACAUGGUGGGAGUGAGUAAGAAGACAUUUUAUUGUUCUUAGAUUUUAAAACUGGGGCGAUUUUUCUUGUCAAUGUCGCUCACCCCAAUUCUGGGUCACUGUUAUUAUACAAUCUUGUUCUACAUGAAAAGUGUCUGGAGAUAAGUUCUUAUCUUUUUAUAGAUAAUUUAAUGUAACUGCUGCCAUAGAAAGAGCAGCAGCAGGAAGUGGGAGGGGCCUAUAUUUAUUGGGGCCUACAUACUCACACCUGAACUCAAGGCCCCCUUGAGUUCAGGUGUGAGCCCUUUUCUUUUCUCUAUGUACCUGUUGCAGUACCUUUAGUUGUUAAGUUAAAACUGAUAAACAUUGAGUUAAUUCUAGUUUGUUAAAGGAUCACCAAAUAUUGCAUUCUUUGAAUUAAAUGUGUAAUUAUUUCUGUUUUGAUGAAAAAUAACCCAGAUUGUGCCAGGCUCAUCUGUUCUUCACCUGUCGACAAUAAAUCAGUUGAAGUGGA